GAGGGACGGGCGCCCCGCUGCCGGACCCAGCCAAGGGCACCGCGCUGCCCGGCCCUGCGCCGGCAGGCACCUCUUCCCGGGGCUCCUGGGGACGCCAGAAGAAAAGUCAGCCAGCCGUUGCUCUGCGUCUCUUUGGCCCUACGUUGGAUCUUUUUUAAAUUUUUUUUUUUAAUUUUCUUCCCUCCAACCCCCCCCACCCCCUUCUUUCUUAACUUUUGAAUGAACUGGUUUCUGGGGCUGGAUAUUUCAACUUCUUCCCUGGCUGUAAACUUCCCCUCCACACAACUCCCCCGCAGAUUUGUUCUUUUGGCAACUGCGGGAAGAAAGCUUGCGAAGAUACGUGUGCGUGGGAGAGGGUGCGUGCGUGUGUAACCCGAGCCGCCCGCGCUGUUUGCAUCUGCGCCGCGGAGCCACCUCCCAGGGCCCCGCUCCACCUGCUGCGGUUAGGCGGUGCUCCUGGGUAUUUGUGCGUCGCGGAGCCGCCGGCCGGCGGGCAGGCAGGCGCUGGGGCUGCGCAGAAGGAGGAUCGUCUGGUAGCUGCCCGAGCCCGGGGCUGACUCACGCCGGCCGGUGUAGACAGUGGCCCGGCUUCCGAAGAGCGCGUGUCUGCGCGUGUGUGACUCUGCUGCUCCAUCAACUCCCACGAAACCGCAGGAUCAGCCACAAACUUCACCAACAUCCCCCAACCCCAGUUCUCAGAUGUGGAGAGCUGUGUGUCCUGAAUGUCAUCGACUUGGAAUUUCUUUCUCCUUUAUACUUUUUUUGCAGAUUAGCUAGAGAUCUUUGAAAAGCUGAUUUUUCUGCACUGAGCGUUUUGCGAGAGACCAUGACAGGUACUUCUAGCCCAACCCUGCUCCAACUACUGAAGCUGAUUUUCAAGGCUACUUAAAAAAAAAAAAUCUUCAGCGAACAUUAAUGGAUUUCGGUUGUGUUUAAAUUCUCUGCAGAUUAUGUUGUAAAUAUUUUAUGAAGUAGAGCAUAUGUAUAUAUUUAUAUGUGUGUGUUCACAUACAGUAGAGGCACGAUUUUUUUUUUUGCAACUCGCAACUCUUGCUUUUGAGAAAGGAAGCCAGUUUUUCAUGACAAAAAGGGACACUGUGUAUAUGGAAUCUAUGCGUGUGCUUUGUAUUCUGUCGGGACUUUAAACAUAAUUCACCUGCAAAAAGAAAAAAAAACAAACAUACAGGCGCUUCACUCCUGGAACUUCCAAGUCGUAUAUUUGCCGGUCGUUUCUGCUCUCUGCAUAAUUUUUUUUUUCCUAAGAAGUGUAUGGGAAUUUUGCCCCGGGAACUUUUGUGAGCAGUCAAAGACUGAACUUGAACUCUGAAGAUCAGUCUCGCUUUGGCGUCUGCGUCUGGAUUCUGGUCGCCUACUUUGAAGCGCACCGAGGGGUCGGUCGCCAGGAGCCCCGCGGCCCCGUGCCCGCCAGAAGCCCCCUCCACCCCCCGGACUGGGACUAUCAGUAACUCCCCGCUUGCCCCCCAGGGUCCCCGCAGCCUUCGAGGGCCCCCCCGGACUUGUAUGUUGGUGUCCCGGGAGCUGCUGGCUGAAGCUCCGCGCCCCCCUCGCCGUCUAGUGGGAGCUAUUUGCAGGGUCCUAACUCAAUCGGCUUGUUGUGAUGCGUAUCCCCGUAGAUGCCAGCACAAGCCGCCGCUUCACGCCGCCUUCCACCGCGCUGAGCCCGGGCAAGAUGAGCGACGCGCUGCCGCUCGGCGCCCCGGACGCCGGCGCCGCCCUGGCCGGCAAACUGAGGAGCGGCGACCGCAGCAUGGUGGAGGUGCUGGCCGACCACCCGGGCGAACUGGUGCGCACAGACAGCCCCAACUUCCUCUGCUCCGUGCUGCCCACGCACUGGCGCUGCAACAAGACCCUGCCCAUCGCUUUCAAGGUGGUGGCUCUGGGGGAUGUCCCAGAUGGCACUCUGGUCACCGUGAUGGCUGGCAAUGAUGAGAACUACUCAGCAGAGCUGAGAAACGCCACCGCAGCCAUGAAGAACCAAGUUGCAAGAUUUAAUGACCUCAGGUUUGUCGGUCGCAGUGGGAGAGGGAAGAGCUUCACCCUGACCAUCACCGUCUUCACAAACCCGCCACAAGUCGCCACCUACCACAGGGCCAUCAAGAUCACGGUGGACGGACCCCGGGAACCCCGAAAUACAAGGCAGAUCCAGCCGUCCCCACCGUGGUCCUACGAUCAGUCCUACCAGUACCUGGGCUCAAUCGCCUCUCCUUCCGUGCACCCAGCAACGCCCAUUUCGCCUGGACGUGCCAGCGGCAUGACGACCCUCUCCGCAGAACUUUCCAGUCGGCUCUCAAGUGAGUGGCUUGCGAACACAUGUUUCUGCAGCAGAUUUGCACAGCGAGCGCAGGCCUCCCCGACGCAACUCACCAGAUGUUUUCUCCUCCGCUCUGCAGCAGCGCCCGACCUGACGUUCAGCGAUCCGCGCCAGUUCCCCGCUCUGUCCUCCAUCUCAGACCCUCGCAUGCACUACCCAGGCGCCUUCACCUACUCCCCGACGCCCGUCACGUCGGGCAUCGGCAUCGGCAUGCCGGCCAUGGGCUCGGCCACGCGCUACCACACGUACCUGCCGCCGCCCUACCCGGGCUCGUCGCAGGCGCAGGGAGGUCCGUUCCAGACCAGCUCGCCCUCCUACCACCUGUACUACGGCGCCUCGGCCGGCUCCUACCAGUUCCCCUUGGUGGGCGGCGAGCGCUCGCCACCGCGCAUCCUGCCGCCCUGCACCAACGCCUCCACCGGCUCGGCCCUGCUCAACCCCAGCCUUCCGAACCAGAGCGACGUGGUGGAGGCCGAGGGCAGCCACAGCAACUCGCCCACCAACAUGGCACCUGCCGCGCGCCUGGAGGAGGCCGUGUGGCGGCCCUACUGAGGGACAGCGGCCACCUGGGAUCGUCCGACGCGACACUGACCAGGGAAGAGCUGCGGGGAGCCCCGCGUGCUGCGUGCUGCGGGGAGCCCCGCCUGGGCCCGCCGCUGCCAUCACCAUCACCUGGGGACCCCACUCCAGGCCGGGCACCCCUGCGCUACGCCGCUGUCGCCCCUGGCACUUCGCAGGUUUUCAAACCUGACCCAGUUUGAGGGUGUCCACCAGACCGUCGCCAGCGUGUGGACACGUGGCAAAGGAAACAGGAAGAUUCCCGGAGGGAAACUGUGAAUGCUUCUGAUUUAGCAAUGCUGUGAAUAAAAGAAAGAUUUUAUACCCUUGACUUCACUUUUUAACCAAGUCGUUUCUUCCAAAGAAUAUGGAAUUUUGGUUAGGGGAGGGGGGCCGCGGAGGGAUGCAACUCGUCCUGUUUGACAUCUAAUUCUUUUUUUUUUUUUUUUCCUUUUCCGCACCUUAUCAAUGGCAAAAUGCGUAUUUGCAUUUGGGUGGUUUUUAUUUUUAUAUACACAGAUACAAAUUUGAGCUUGCUUCUUUCUUGCUUUGACAAUUGAAAGAACUAUAUGAUUUCCUUCUCUGUUUUAUUUAACUUUUCUUUGGACUGGUGUGUAGCUGUGCCUUUUUUUUUUUUUUCUUCGAGACAGCUACAGCUUUGGGUCAUUUUUAACUACUGUAUUCCCACAAGGAAUCCCUAUUUAUGUAUCUUGAUGUUCAGACAUUUACUUACGUGUUGAUACUUUUUUUUAAUUAUUUAAAUGUACUUAUAUUAAGAAGAAAAAAAUCAAGUACUACAUUCUUUUCUUUUGUUUGUGAAAGAAGCCAGAGUUAAAUGUGUCACAUUGAAGAAGGCUGGAAAAAAAAGGAUGGCUAAUGUGAUCACUUGGUUAUCUAGAAAUAUUGUUUACAUUAAACUCCCUUUUAUGUUAAUUAAACAAGUUGGUCGCUAAUGCAGCAAUGUUUUUAAAUAGGAUUUUCAGACACUGAGAGUCACUCCGAAGAUCAGAAGUAUGGAAUUUUCUGGUACGCUCUACAAAGGGUCUGAUAUCUGGCUCCUCUUCAGACAGCGAAGGUCAAGUCUGGUCCCCGAGGGUUCAGACAGGUGCCGGUGAUCACGUGUUCCGGGGAGGAUUCAGUUUCUCCCGAGGGAUUUGCUCACUCCAAGGCCUUUGGUGAUUUCUGACAUGCUUUGUAAGGGAAGACAUCCCAAGUGGAGCUCUGUUGACAGAGGGGCCAAGUUAGUGGAUGGAGGGGGUGUCUUAACCAGUCACAUCGAGGGGCUAGCAGUUCCUCUUUGCAACCGUACCUGUUCACUGACGCAGAACAGAAUCUGUGGCUGUCCACCAGUGGCGGCAGAGGAAGGGACUAGUCCAGGUGCCUUUGGGGUGAAAAGCCUCCAGUUGAGCUUACAGAGGGUGAACCCAGAGGCUGUAGGAGCGGGUCCCUCCGCAUGCACACCAGUGAUGAGUCAGGGGUUGGAACACUCAGGACCCCUCGCCCUCUGCAACUCCCCACUCCCACCCCCCAGACUGAGACCCUGCCCUAUGGGGUGUGGCACCAGCAUGCCCGGGAAGAGUCAUGUUGCUGCUGGCCAUGGCUACAAUCUCAAUGUUAUCAAUGUCACUGUAAAUUCGAUGGCACUCUGUUCACUAGAGGAUUUGGUCUCGAUGCAGCUGCAUGACUGCUGACUUAGACAUGCGUGUGUUUGAGACGAUCUGGUUGUUAUUUAAUGUACCUCUUAAAUUAGUGGAAGUGAUUUCAGGUCAACUCUGCGGAGUAUUUGAAAGCAGGACUUCAGAACAGUGUUUGAUUUUUAUUUUAUAAAUUUAAGUGUUCAAAUUAGAUCUUUGGCUGCAGGCAGCAAAACAGCUGGACUUAUUUAAAACAACUUGAUUUUUUUUUUGAAUUUUCUUUAUAUAUAUAUAUUGAUUAUUUGUUUUACACAGAUGCAGUAGCACUUUGGUGAGAGUUAAAGGGUAAAGCAGCUUGUGUUGUUAGUUCGUUCUUAUCUAGAAGGGCUAUAGCAGAUCUUGGAGAAACCCAGAACCUGUUCAUUUUCAUACCAGACAGCUGCCUCCGCACCAGUUUCAUAUUCCAUACAUAUUUUUUUUUUUUGCGAUUCAAUUACCAUCCAAUGUCAGAAAAGUUAAAAAUUGCAUUUCUAGAAAGGACCGCUAACCCAUUUCUCCCCAGCUGAGCUGAAGAUAUUCCUUAGCACAUUUAUUGCCCUAUGUGACCUGGCAGAAUACUGAGGGGGAAUGAAGGAAUCAGAGUCUCUCUUUUUAUUUUUAUUUUUUUUUUUCAGUUCCAUGUUGGUACCUGGAGAUAUUCAACCCAAACCUGCCUCAUUACCCACCCCCUCCCCAGGAAAAUCAGAGAUUCCCUCGCACACAAUCUUCACUCCAGAAAGAGGCUGAAUGGAGAGGGCUCGUCACUCUGGGUAGACUCAUUGGCUUUAGGAAAAAAAAAAUUACAUCUCAGUUGUUCGGAAGAUAGGUCUUGCACGUGCAGACACACACAUAAAUAUAGAUAUAUUUUGCAUCCAUUGCUUCCAGGUAAAUUAAGGUGUCAGGAAGAUCCUUAAUGCCAAUCGUGUACUAACUGGGUCUACCUGCGAGCAUUGGUGCACAAGUGCAGGAGCCUUUUGUGCUUAUUCAGGCCCUUGCUCAUUUCAACACAUCGACAUAUAAUUUCACUUCCGUCUUUCUCGCUGUCUGAGAAACGUUUUUCUCCCUUUUCCUCCAUCUUAGCAAGCCGACCUGCAGCCUUUAUGAUCUUUCCACUUUCUGGGAGGAGCUCGCACACACCUUCAACCACAGUGCCCAAGGUCCCAGAAGGCAGGCUGGCCACGGUGAGUCAGCCUUGCUCAGGCCAGUGAGCUACUCCUGGCUAAGCCUUCAGGAUCUGCAGUCACAGGAACCCUGCGAGGCCCAGUCGGCGAGGAGGCAGCCUGGCCACAGCCCGUCCUGCCCCCGCCAGGCAUCUGUGCAGAUAAACAGGAUGCUCUGAUCAGAGAGGAGGAUGGUUUGGUCUGCAGGUCCUACAGUUUGCAACUGCAGAUGUCUGUCUUGCAAUACCUGUAAUCUCGGGACAUUCCGUCCUGGUGACUUUUCAUUUUGGCAGUGUAUGUGUGUGUGUGUGUGUGUGUGUGUUUUAUUUUUUAGGGAGAUGACAUGUUUGGGGUCUUUUAUACAUGAAAAAUUGGUUUGACAAGAAACGCAGGAAACUUUUUUUUUAAUGUCUGAACAAGCAAAAUACCAUUUUAUUUAACCCUAGAGUACACAUUUAGGGGUUUUGUUUAUUUGUUGGGAAUUUUUUUCCCUGCCUUUAGCCAGGUCAGUAUUGAUGAGACUGAUCACGUGGCAUUUCUUUUUUCUUCCCAGAAGAGUUGCAUCAACAAAUUUAAUUGUAUUUAUGUAUGUAAAUAGAUUUUAAGCUUCAUUAUAAAAUAUUAAUGGCUAUAAUAACGUUCUUCAUUUUUGUGUGUUUCCAAGGACCUUUUCUUAUGUUUGCUACAUACUGUAGGAAAAAUGCUUCUUUCUACUUUGUUUAUUUUAGACUUUAAAAUGAGCUACUCCUUACUUACUUUUGUAAACAGCUAACGGCAUGGUUCCAAUUUCUUUUUUUAAGUUCACUUUUGUUCUAAAGGAAAUGAAUGUGCAAAAAAACCAAAAAGAACUGUUGGUUAUUUGUGUUAUUCUGGAUGUAUAAUGAUCAAUGGAAAAAAAAAAUAAAGUUCCAAAAUGAAA